CUCUCUCUCUCUCUCUCUCUCUCUCUCUCUCUCUCUCUCUCUCUCUCUCUCUCUCUCUCCAAGCCUGAAAAAUGUAGAUUUUGACUCCGGCACCUGCCCUUACCUACAACACAGAGAAAGGGAGAGACGGAGGCAACAGCAGAGCAGCACCUUGGUCCAGCCUCACCUUCCCGUGGGAUUUUCCACCUUCCUUCCUUCCUAACACAGAGCUCAGCUUUGAUUGUUGUUCUCUGAGAACGUUCACCCAACUCUGUGAAGAUAAAAACAGAGAAUUAAGCUCAACUCACCUGGUUGUGCAUGAAUGGAUGCAAGGAGAAGUCAAGAUUCCCAUCUGGUUUUCCCAUUUUUCUAAAAGAAAUGGAAGGAAGGGUCUGAGAGAACCUGGGAGUUCCGGGGUCCUUAACUGCGGGAGAGACAGACAGGUUUGGUUUGUGAACGAGGGAAUGUGUCAGAGCAAGAGAGAAAGAGAGAGAGAAAGAGACUUAAUAUAUAAAGAACAUGCAAGAGCUUAAGUGGUUGUACAUAGAUGAAGAGUAGAUAUAGGCUAGGUAGUCCAUCUGGCUGGCUGGGUUUGACAUUGAGCGUGAACAAUACAAUAAGGAAAAGAGUCUAUCAGCUGCAACAGGAGUCAUAGAUUGAUAUCUUACAGUGUGUUUUCACUUUCAGACGGUUUCUUAGUGUUUGACAGAGUCUAGUUGUCAAUGUGUGUGCUCAGGUUUGCCUAGUUCCAUCCAUUGUGGUGAGCCCUGCGGUGUCAGAGGAAAGUUUUGUUGUAUUCAGAGCACAUGGUCGGCCAGUUCACAUGAUUGGCAGGGCUAAACAGGAAGAGUUGUUUCAGGAAGUGGGAGUGAGGUGUACACAGAAGCAUGCUUUGAACCUAAAUUGGACUUUGAUUAACUCAAAGUGGACUGGUUACUGUGUAUACAGAAGUACACCUUGAACCUAAAUUGGACUUUGAUUAACUCAAACUGGACUGGUUACUGUGGACCUUCCGUGAGGAGGACAUGUUCUAUCACUGCCAUCUUUGACCUUUGUCCUCUGAAACCAGGAAGUAAAUCAAACACAGCCAGGGAAGGAGGACUUCUUAACCCCCACACCCCAAACCUUAAUCCAACCCAAAAAAGUAUUGACCCUUGGUUAGCACAUUCCGCUGGUUUCCAUAUUAACCCGGUCACCCCUGUGACCACUCAGCAUUAUCACGGUGGUAGCCAAUAGACAUGCAGAACCUGGGCAGUAAACUGUCCUCCGCCCAGGUCCAGGUCUCUAGCUGGGUGGGCAGCGUGCGUCGUUCCCUACAGGAGGCACUGAACUUAGUCUGGAAAAAUGAUGAUGAAGAGGAUGAGGUGGUGAAAGAAGAUCAAGAGAAGGAGAAGGUAGAGGAGGAGGAGGGAGAAGGUGGGGACGGGAGGUUCCAGAGGGCCGUGUCUCCACUGCGUAGCUUUGCCUCCCAGAGCCGGCGUUCCCUGAGGUUGUUCUCGGUCCGGAGUCGCCAGCGGAUCAAGCUAAGUAGACGGGCAGCAGACACCAGCGCUGUUCAGUUGACGUGUUAUGUGGGGGCAGGAGAGGGACGUGACACAGAGUCUCUGAUUGGUGGAGAGCCAGACAAGCAGUACGGGGGCUGUGACACGAGACUGUCUGAGGAUGACUGUCGGCAGACAACAGAGGACCAGAUCUCACCUGUCAUCACACCAGUUGAGCCUAACAGUACGUCUCCACUAGAAGAGACAGAGGACCAGAUCUCGCCUGUCAUCACACCAGAUGAGCCUGACAGUACAUAUCGACUAGAAGAGACAGAGGACCAGAUCUCGCCUGUCAUCACACCUGAUGAGCCUGACAGUACGUCUCCACUAGAAGAGACAGAGGACCAGAUCUCGCCUGUCUUCACACCAGAUGAGCCUGACAGUACGUCUCCACUAGAAGAAAAUGAGGACCCAUUACCCUUUCCUGAUAUCUCCGCCCCUCUAUUGGACACCAGUGUUCUGCGUGCGAGGGCAGAGCUGAGGAAGAGUCGACGAACCCGCCCCACUCGAGCUUUCCGUCAGAGCUCUACCACAAUAAUGCUUGAGGAAGACCCGGUCCACGACUGGAGGUUCUAUGACUCCUCAGAUAAGCUAGACUCUCUGAUACGGGGGGAUUGUGCGUCUGGUGAGGAGCAGCCUAGAGGGAGGGAGGUUUGUUCACAACCUUCCCAGCCCCAGAGAAUAGCCCUCUUCUCUGGAAUGGACCCAUCUGCCCUCAAGGCCCAACUGAAGAAGCGAGGAGGUGGUGGUGGAGGAGGAGGUGGUGGAGCCGGUGGAGGUGAAGGAGUAAACACAGACCGUCAGACAGACAGACUUUCCCCUUCCCCCUCUCAGCUCUCCCGCUCUCCAAGACGUUCCUCCUUCCUCCCCGGGAUGUCACGAGUGCUUCCCCCUGUAGGGAACAAAGGUGCAGGGGGGGACAAGUCUCCUUCAUGGCUGCGGGAACUCAAGUCUAAGAAGCGCUCGAGUCAAUACAACAGUGAGGCCUAACUGGGCAGAGCAGGGAGAUACCAUUGACAAGGAGAUCAUUCAACUGCUACUGCAGUUGUUGCCGACCUACACAGCUGUGGGCUGGACUCCAAUCAUGUACCUUUUCAAAAACACACUUUUUUAAAUGAAUGAACUAUGCAAGACAAUGGAGAUGCAUUGGAUACUUCCCUGCGUUGUGACCACCUUUUUCCACGUUCCUAUUUCACAAAGGAACUAUGAGCAUGUAGAUACUUUAUUUGCAACACACACACACACACACACACACACACACACACACACACACACACACACACACACACACACACACACACACACACACACACACACACACACACACACACACACACACACACACACACACACACACACACACACACACACACACACACACACACACACACACACACACACACACACACACACGAUUUGAGGAGUGGACUCAAAAUGCCCUUUUCUGUUAAUUUGCAACAUUUGCCUCUUAUCCCAGGCCACUGUAUUUUCUAGACUGUAUCUCUUCAUCCAUCCAUACUUGCAUUCCAGAUUCACUUGACAUAAUUACCAUGUGUGUUUAGGUCAUGCACUCAAAUAUCCACAAUACCACGAUGUUCACAAACUACUUGAAUUGUACAUGUUUUGCCACCUAGCCAUGAACUCUCUUUCUUUCUCGACGAAUCUCUUGUUUUGAACUAACCCAUCUGUUUCUCUGCUCUUAUGUUAUGUACUCACUCGCUGCUCGGAUGAGCUGCUCUUGAUAAAAGUAUCUGCUAGAUAAAUUGAAAUGAUCUCUACUCUAUCCAAACAGGAAUUAUAAUUGUUUUGGUUCCGUUCCACUGUUCUGACCAGCAAAAUAAAGUUCUGAACCGGUUCAAACCCCCAAAAAGUA